CGCGCUAGCGCGUGAAACACUUAUGCACUCCCAUGUAUACACAUCACGUGUAUAUAUAUAGAGACUUGAUUCGCAUGUACGACGAGUGUACUUAAGAGUCAGACAAUCAAAAUUCUCAAAGGAAAGGGGUUGUCGGGUAGGAAGAAGAAGGAAGACAGAGAAAAUUGAAGGGUGAGAUGCCUACUAGGGAGGCGUUGAUCGCUGCGUCGGAGGUAUUCCCUGGUUUCAGAUUCUCCCCGACGGAUGUGGAGCUGAUCUGCCACUACCUUCGCCGGAAAAUCGCCGGAGACGAGAGCUCCGUCGCCGUCAUCCCCGAAGUCGAGAUUUACAAGUUCGAGCCUUGGGAUUUGCCAGAUCAGUUAAUCUUGAAGUCGGAGAGCGAGUGGUUCUUCUUCGGGACGAGGGGAAGGAGGUAUCCGCACGGGUCGCAGAGGAAGAGAGCCACGGAGCUCGGAUAUUGGAAAACCACUGGAAAGGAACGUAACGUGAAAUCAGGAUCCCAAGUCGUCGGAACGAAGAGAACGCUCGUCUUCCACCUCGGUCGCGCCCCGUGGGGACAGAGAACCGGAUGGAUCAUGCACGAGUACUGCAUGAUCGGAGCUCCACGUGACGAGUUGGUUGUGUGUCGGCUAAGGAAAAACAGUGAUUUCCAGGCAGGUUCAAGCCAAGGACAGAUGCAUGACGGCAAGUGUGGAGACACGGAAUCGUACUCUUGGUCUGAAUCAGAACAGAAACCAUCGAAUCAUGCUGCUGACACUAACGCAGAACCGUCAGACUAUGUAGAGACGGAGCUUGCUCUUUGAAGUUUAACGCCAUGGGAGAAGAGUGAGUGAGCUCUUGCUUCUGUUCGAUGAUGACGGUGAAAGAAGGCGAUGAUGAAGAAAAAACGCGUUGUGGCUUCUCCAAAGGGCUCGAUGAAGAGGGGAGGCAUCAGUCGAUAAUCUUGUUAAGAGCGUAUAAUAGUGUGAUGAUAACAUAAGCAGCUUGCUCGUGCUUCUGCUCAAUUUUGGCUUUGCUUGAUGACCGAAACAAAGUUUUUUUUUUUUUU